GCCGUGCCAGGGCCGCUCCCGCCAUGCGGCUCUGGAUGCUCCUCAGCCUGCUGCUGCUGCAGGAAGCGCUGCCACACGUUGUUGGACAGGCUGCGAAGAGUAAGCGUCCCAAAGAACCUGGAGAAAACAAAAUUAAGCCUGUUAACAAGAAAGUAAAACCCAAGAAUCCCAAAAUGAAGGAGAGAGAGUCUGUGGAUUCAUCUUUGAAAUCCCAGUCCAUACUGACACAGGUGAUGGAUAAAGGUCAUUUCCAGAAACUAGCUGCCACCUUAAGCCUGGCUGCAGGACAAAGCAUAGAGCUGCGAUGUAAGGGGAGUAAUGUUACUUGGAACUAUCCUUCUUAUUUAGACACCUUUAAAGACUCCAGACUCAGCAUAAAGCAGCUUGACAGGUACAGUCAGCUGAUCCUUGCAAACUCCACUGCUGCAGAUACAGGUGAAUACAGCUGCUGGCUUCAGCUGUGCAAUGGUAACAAAUGCAGGAAGGAUGAGACUAAAACAGGAUCAACAUACAUCUUUUUCACAGACAGAGAGGAGCUUUUUGUACCUACUCCCAGUUAUUUUGAGAUUGUGUACCUGAACCCAGAUAAACCUGCAGUCAUCCCAUGCCGUGUUACUACUCCUUCAGCAAAAGUGACUCUUCACAGGGAAUUUCCAGCAGAAGAAAUUGAAACAGAUGGAACUUAUAUUUUUUAUGAUGCAAAGAAGGGUUUUGUCUUCCAGCACCCUACUUCUGAUCAUAAAGGUAUUGUCUACUGCAAAGCAGAGUCACAGGGAGCACCUCAGAUUUCCAUCAAAUAUCACCUACUGUAUGUGGAAGUUCCCAAAGGCCCACCCUCAACCACAAUUGCGGUGUCAUCCAGUAGAGCCGGACUUGGUGAUAGGGUUCAUGUCAUCUGCACAGUCCUUGGGGAGCCAGAUGUGGAUGUGAACUUCAGGUGGCAGUAUCCAGGGCAAGAGUCCGGGAGGCCUGUGAUUAUUCAAAACUUCUGGAGAUUGAUAAACAGAGGAAUUGGCCAUACUACAAGACUCUCAAAGAGUGUUCUUCUUGUGGAGGAUUUUGAAGACACAGAUGUGGGAAACUAUAUUUGUAUAACUCAGAACCUACAAGGAGAAACAACAGUAGCUACAAAAGUUGAACUGAAGUGAUAGAAAAGACUUCUGGUUUUGGACUGACCUGUACGUUGUUUGACAUUAUAGCCAUUAGUUUUCUUUAUUAAUGUUUAAAUGUAGCUUCUCUCUCACUGUUUCUUUUAUAUGUCAAUGCAUUUCGUGUUGAUGAGCUUGACAGGCCACAAGAGAGUGUCCUGUCAAGCAGUAGUGAGUUAAUGAAACUACGAUGAAGCAUUAAAGUGUAAGUCUGAACAUGCCUAGGGUGUGUGCAUAUUUAGAAACAGGUGCUCUUUGGGCUUUCCUUUGCAUAUAGUCUUUCCCUCAGACUCUUGCAUGAGGUCAAGUCCACGCUGUGUGGAACGUGCAAUUUUAACAGUAAGAGUACUGUACAUGUUUAAAACAACAACAACAAAAAAGCAAACUAAAAAAGCCUUGUAACAAAGUUAGCCAAUAGCAGUUGUUUAUUUUGCAAGAAUAAUUAAAUUUCUGAACAUCAUGAAAACAUAAAUGUGUGUGUGCUCGUUUUCAUAUGUAUGUAAAGACAAACACAAAAUUUUCUCUCCUGGUGAAGAUUAAUGCCCUCUAGGACCUUAAUAUAUAUUUAGUAUCUCCAGAGACUUGUAAGUAGUUGGGUAUACUCGAUUUUCCUUAUGUUGUUGCAUUCCUACGCCCUUACAAUAUGUAGCUUACUUAAUAGCUCACUCUUUAGAUGUCUGAUGUUAUGUUUAGUAAAUUACGUAGCAAAUUAUGAUUGCUAAAGGUAAAACUUGCAUUUAUUUAUUAGCAUUUACAGAACAGAAAAAAAAAAGCAAAAAAGCAAACAUUAGAAUAAUGUUCAGUUUUACAGCAGAGUUUCUUCUUAGGUUAGUAACAAGUUCAAUUUCAUUAUAUUAAUUUACUUAGGAGAAAAGGAAAGAUAUUUUCAUUUACACAGAACUAUACCUGGAUAAAUAAGCCACUGCUUCUCUCACCCUGGGUUCAGUUAACAGUACAAAGAAAGAACUUGCCAGAGGAGAAGGUAAGAACUUGAUAACAACAUUAUUGGACAUUUUGGCAAUGUUUGGGGUUUUUUUCUUAGUCUCAAGCACCAACUUUAUGUGGGCUAGAACUUUAAAUACAAUCUACUCCUUAGUAGAGAAAUGACAAAAACCAUUUAAUGCAAGCCAUGUUACGUACAAGGCAAGUGAAAACCAGCUUUUUCUGAACACACAAGGAAGCAAAGCAGGAACUGGUCCCUUGGUCACACACUUCCCUCUGUUUCAGCCUGCGUUUGACUGGAAUUCCUCAAACUUUCCUCUGCUGAAGGCCUGAGGUAGCCCUGUGCUCCAGCUGAUUCAGACCUUCGAGCAGAUGUACAGCACUGUUUGGAAUAGUGACAGCUCUAAGUGCUAAUGUAAAAAUGGCAGCUUCCCACUAAAGUCAGUGAUCUGAUUAGUAGUGUAGCUAAUGAAAACAUUAAACAACCUUGCUGAAUGCUUUUUCUUCAGCAUGCAGGAACCUAAACCAAUUUAACUGAUAAGAGAAAUACCAGUGGUAAAGACUGAAAUGGGUCCAUGCAGGUCUCAUGUGAUAGGCUACAUGGAGAACAUUCCCCAGGAACUUUUUUCAUCUCUGGCCUCUGAAAAUAAGGUAUCUAAAAAAAAAAUUAAAACAAUAUGCAGUAGAACUAACUUUGAAGGUGUAAGAGGCAAGGUUAAUCUGUUAAAAUGUAUCAAGAACAUUACACUGUAAUCCAAAGACUAAGUAGGUUAUACAAUUUCAUAGUAAUACCUAAAAAAGAUCUUUGGACCAUUUUUUAGGAAAAAAAUGUCCUUGUAUUGCGUGGGUGCUUUUAUUCUGACCAAAUUAACUUUAACAUUCAUUGAUCUUCUAGGUGAGGCUGUGCAAUGUGAUAAUUCCUUUUCAGCAUUUUCAGUCCUCAGACCAAUGUCUUUUCCUUUGAACUCAAGGAGUUGUGCCAGCUUUUUGAAUUUCAAAGUGCAUUUGAGCCUGUAAUUCAACAAUUGAUUUUCUUCUCAAAGUAUCUGGGAAGUGGGAGAUCAUGUCACCUGCCCACCUUUGUUCAGCAGCUCAGUGGAGGCAUCACUUCUUGAUGACAGUUUGGCAGGAGAGGAAAGAUGGUGUAAAUCCAUUGCUUGAGUAUUCCCCUAGGGUGCAAUGGUUAUGCCUAACCAUCACAUGCAGGCCUCAAGACUGAGACAGAAGCAGUGCCUCUAAGGAAGAGUUUUGGUGGGUGUCACAUCCUGUCCCUCCUUUCUGUCCUUGUCCUCCCACCAAGCAUGAAAAUAAUUAUUGUAAUUGAAAAACUAUGAGAAUUCUUUUACUGUGUAUUUUACACAGUUUUUAUUUUACCAAAAGCCUCUUGGGCAGAGCUGAUGUUACAUUGAUGCAGUUAAUUGCACAUGUCACCUAAAUGAACAGUGACAGGGGAAGAAAAUGAAGCCUGGGAAAUAAAAUGUAAGUGACUUGUCAAAGUUACAUGCCAAAAGCUGCCAGUGCUGUUAUUUCUAUUUCUAUACCUGUGUCACUGCUCUUCUAAGGAAAGGCAGCAGCAGUGGUCAGAAGGUAUUUUUUUCUUCGGGGUUCAGUGGUUAUCCCAACUUUAUGAUCUUUUUAGCUGCAGCUCAGCCCUAAAUGAUUUCCUGGCUGUCAGACAAGAUCAGUGGUUGGUUACUGUAUAGAAGGAAUUUCAUUACACCAGUUUACAUGGAAGUGUCUUUGGUGUUAGUAAUCAGAAACAUCAAGUCUUUAGUUAGCUCAAGGAAAUGAUUCACCUCAACUUUUAUAAAAAAUACAGUGCAACUUACACAAUGACCUUUAGAGAAAAGCAUUGAAGGUGAACCAUACUAUGCAUAGUUUGAAUGGCAAAAAACUAUCUGGUACAGCUGUUAAAUGUCACCUUAGCUUCCUCUGAAACCUAUCAUUAGACAUGGAACAGAGAGUAAAGUUGGAUAUCUGAAGAAAAUAAUUUGUUCAAUUGCUUGACCUUUGGCUUAUGAUGAUGAGCAGAUUUCUAGCUUUUCCUGAAGGAAACCUAAUGCUAAAGAAAAAAGCCCAAAAUAUGUAGAAGUUACUGGAUUGAACAAAGUCUUUACUAACACAUGGUACUUCAGUUAAAGCUUGAAAUACUAAUACUCAAACAGAGAAAAACAUUGAAACAGUAUUUACAGAUUAGCAGAAUUAUUUAAUUCGUUGAGACCAACAGGACAAACACUAAACAGUUAUUUCUGUAAUCUGAUUUCUACAUACAAGCAGUCUUCAUUUCUUCAAAAAAGCAUUAAAGAGUCUACUUGCAAGCAGUUUAGACAUGAAGAGUCACCUGUACUGUGGAGGUAAAUGAUCAACAAAUUAACAGUCUUUGUAUUGUCUACUAUACAUACUUACUGUUCUGUAUGGUAGCCUGGAAAAGCUUUCCCUGCUCUUGCUAUAGGAAGGGCUGUGCCGUAUUCAACCUUCAAACAUUUGUGCGCACUCUGCUCGCAUGUUUUAUUUGAGGCAUUACACUGCAACUAAAGUAAUAAAGUUCUUUAGGUGGUUAGGUAAGUGUCCUUGUGACAGGACCUGUUACACUGCUAACCUCUACCUGGGGCUUUUCUCACACGCAGAAUGUUCUGGAGAAUCACAAGAAAGCUCCAUAUAUCUUCUGCCUACAAGUGGAGGAACAAAGGGAAAUUUUCUAAGGAGAAGCUGAACGCUAAUAAUCUGUGCCAUGAAGCUUCACCACUGCUGUUUUGCUGUGCUGAGCAGAUACCAAGAGUUUUUAGUAAGUGGAAAAAUGUUCCUCCUUAGAUUAAAGAUCCUUUGACUAACAUAAGCAGAAGAAAAAUCCUUCAGUCGGUACAAAAUAUUUAUUGUAAAGCAUUCAGCUCAAAUACAUGCAAUCAAAUCUCUUUGACCAUUGAAAGUCAUAUUCAUAAAGGAUAUUCUGAGACAUACUUAAAGCCAAGUUGUAGCCAACAUAGGAUUUUCAUAGUUAAAUUUGAACCUCCUAUUAAAUAUUUUAAGUACUGACACCACUAAUAAGUGGCAUGUACAGGGCCCUAAAAAGGAUUAAAAUAAAGCAUAAUGUUCCAUAGAAAUGGCACCCUUAACUUGCACAUUAUGAGAGGUUUAAGUAAAUUUAAUGAUGAAACAGUCAAUCGCAAGUUUAAAUAUAUUACAAAUUUACUUACUGUAUGAGCACUGUUAACUGUUGUUUCUAUGUCUGUGUUCCUCAUUAUUAGCCAAGAUUUUGCAAGUCUUAGGUAAAAUACUUUGAAGUGGUUCUCCAGCUGAGUUCCCUAAAUGCUUUCCCACGCCCUUGAUUCCUGUCCCCAAGCUACUGAAAAAGCCAGGGAGACUCAGCCAGCUACCAGCUUUAGCUAACCAGCAGUGUAACAAUGUCGUGGCCCUACUGUGAAGCCCAAGCUACUGUAAUCGUCAGUAGUAUUUUCUAAGACUAAUCUGAAGCUGAACCUGUUUUAGUGGGUACAGAGCAGUCAUCUUAAACAGGUCUGAUCAAGGGUGGAGCAAGGCUAUCCAAUUACCCUGUUGAAGCCGAAACUCAGCAUGUGAUAUUUCCAGAAAUGCUGACACCCUCAUCCUCCAGUUCCAGCAGCCAGGAAAAUGUUUCCCUCUACAGAAUCUCUUGAACAGGAUUUUUCACCUGAUGAACUGUCAAAACACCAAUAAUCCUGCAGUCUAAGAGGGAAAGUGUGGUAGAAUUAGCAGGAUAAAAUACACAGAUACUACCUCAUCCUCAGGUGAAUUUAGCCAGCCCUGAGGAAAGUUAAUACAAAUGCUAAUGCUUAAAAAGGCAAGGUGUGUCACCAGUUAUAUUGGAAUUCACAAAUUACUUAAUCUUCUUGAGAACUGAAUUAAGAAUGCACCUAGUUACAAUUAUUGCAUUUCUCUUUGGCUUUCAAAUCUACAUCUUGUUUAUCCUCAGGAACAGACGUGCUAUUUUGGGGAAAUCAGUGCUUCCUUUUCAGCAGGUAAGAGCUAGGUCAAGGCUUCUAAACUUGCAACUCGGCUAAGAACUUCUCACCUUGCGGGCUACUGUGGUUCUGACUACAACCCUACUGACUUGAAAUCCAAAAUCCAUUGCACCCUGCAAAAAAAGUUCUCAUAAAUGGCAGAAUUGUGCAUGGAUGUGAAACCAAGAACCCAUGCAAAAUAUGGCUGCAAUUCAAUUUGUUUUUAAAAUUAAUUCAAAGUUGCAUACUCAGGUUGGCCAAGACACUAAGGAGUCAGUUGACAGAGGU